CGCAGCAUAGGUCGACGCUCCUAAACCUGUCCCCCUUUGAGUGGGCUUCGUCUGCUAAUGUGCCGCCACUGGCAGGCAUCAACAUCUUUUAUCUCUUAACUGUACUGAAGAGGCUUCGAAAAUGAGCAGUUUGAGAACUCAUAAAGAACCGUUUGCAGACAGAAUCAGCUCUGAACCAGUGGAGGACACAGACACCACCACCUUUGUGGCAGAAAUUUCUUUAGAAGCUAAUUACCCUGUCCAAGUCACCGACCCUAAUGAUGCCGUGACACUCCACCUUAGCUCAAUGCCUUUUGGAUAUCUGAGCCCCUCCAAUAAAAUCCAGCAGCCAGUCAAAGACACUGAAGAAUGUACUAGCCUCAAAUCUGCUUCACAAGAUUACCCUAAAGAACUCCAAUUCCGGCUGACUAGCCCGUGUGAAAAGUGCUGCCGUCCCACACCUCCUCCCAAGAUCAGCGACCUCUUGAACGACAAAGAUCUUCUGGACUUAUUGCGACUCAAGCUGGACCCUAACCACUGCACUGUAAAAAACUGGAAAAACUUUGCUAGCCGCUGGGGCAUGAGCUACGACGAGCUGACUCUGCUGGAGUACCGGACCCAAGGUUCCCUGUCGCACAGCCCCACUCAGGAGUUUCUCCUGCGUUACAACCAGAAACCAGUCACCGAGCUUACUGAACUUUGUCGCUUUUACCAGCGCAUUGACGUGUUGCGACUGCUGCAGAGUUGGAUGGAAAAGGACUGGCCGUCACGUUGGCAACAAGCAAAUUAGCAUGCGCUCUUCCUUUUUCAACUACCGUAAUUGCCCUGUUUUUCUUUCUGAUUGUUCUCAUACGCAUCGGACUGCUUUUUUGUUGUAAGAAUUUGGGAGAUUUUUUUCGCCAUUUGCAGUAAAUAUGUAAAUAAAUACUUUAGCAAGAAGGAUUUUAUUUUAACCCCUAAUAGGGCAAGUCAAGUUUU